AGCUUUCCUAAGCGAACGACCCAACGUAGACAUUUCAUUCUCACUGUUUAAACCUUUAUUCGAACAAACCAGUAACACCCGCUCGUACCAACUAUUUAAGUUACCCUUUUUCUGGAAUCCCCACGAAGAUCGUCGAAUUGGCUUCUAUGGCAAGAAGAACGACCUGCAGCUGUCCUAUUUCGACGUUUUAGGGACUUGCACUCGUUUUCCCGUCCCAAAACCCGACGGAACCACACAACAACAUGUUGCGGUCACCAAAAAAAGGUAACAAGUCCAUCAUCGGCCGCGACCUGCCACAGGCCCGUGAUUCAAGAGAAAACGGAAAGCCGCGGUCCACGGCACCGGAUAGGAAAAAGAACGAGAUGGGUGGAGUCUUCAAGUUUUACACCGAGGAGUAUCGCUUCGAACGGGCCACGUCAGGAUCAGAAAGAUCGGCCGCUGGACCGAAUUUUGAGAACGAGGGCAGCCCAAGCUCUUCGAGCAGAUCGAGGCCAAUUGAGGAGUCUAGUAUUCCGGAAGAGGACCUUAGUAGUGAAGGUGUUGCAGUUGCUCACGAUCAACAUGCGCCCAGCAGUCUCUCCGGAUCUGUAGGAAGUUUGGAUAGCGCCGGCAUUCCAGAACAUGAUGCCCCCUCAGAGCCAGAAGUUGGCGGCUUUUCCGCAACAACACUCUUCUACGAGGAGAUGCCUGCGGCGCAGAAGUUACUUAGCCGCUCCGAACUGCAGAAGAAGACGCAGCGCACCCAGGAUGCUUCGGAGUCCUUCGUGCAGUCGCAGCAAGGUUCCACCGCUCCUGCGCCGGCGUUGAAGGCCCCGGCGGUGCCGAAAAUUUUGGUCAAGGAAGCGGCGAACUUCGCGCCGAAAAGCUCAAACAGCGUGAGCGCGCCCGGUCGACCGGGCUUGCUCGCUGCUCCGAAAAAUACAACUUCGCUGGGCGCAUCGCUGCAAUCGCUCCCCCCUAAAAAUAAGCCCAGCAGCAAGUCCCCCGCGAGCGCGGCGUAUCAGGCACUCCCAAAGAAAACCGGAACAGCAGCUGGCAACUACGAGGAACCGCGGUCCCGAUCCGGAUCGGCCCCAAAGGCAAAGACGGCGACUUCGUCCUCCGCAAAAACGACUUCCGCGUCUGCCGCGUCGAGAAAGGCCGGGCAGCCCACGACCGCGGGAAAAGGUACAACGACCACAGCUUCCGCCCCGGCCAGCCGUUCGAUCACCGCGCCGCCGCCACCAUCUAUUCAAGGCGGAGGCAAGGGAACAUCAAUCAAGGGCAAGGAAGCAACGCUGUUGGCCGUGACCCAGCGGGACGCCACGACGAUACAGCAAACGCAGGUCGACCUCCACCCCGGCCUCGUCGAGCUCAAGGUUGCGGACGAGGUAGGCGAGGUGCUGGACAUCACAGAGGAUACGCCGAAGAUUAUCAACCGCGACACGGGGCGGACGACGGAGAAGAUCUUGCGCAGCGACGGCACCAUCAUUGAGAAGGAGAUGAAGGCGGGGGAGGUGCUAAACCAGGCAGGGCAGAAGGUCGUGAUUCCGAUUGUGGACACCAUGGCGGACAUUACGCAGCAGGUCGGCAUUGGCGGCAAGCAGAUCAUCAAGGUUGCUGACCGCGAGAAGCUCGGCGUCGGCGUGAACGGAAGCACCGUUGUGGCCGUGGAUUUGGGCGGUACCGCGCACGCCGCGGGCAUCUACCCCGGCGACGAAAUCACGGCGGUGGCGGGGAAGCCCGCGGCCCAGGUUUCGGGCCAGCUGAUGUCGGCCCCCGUGCCGUUCGAGAUCGAGAUCCAACGCAAGGCCGUGGCGAUCACCGUCUUCCCGGAGGACAAGUUCAGCGAGGUCACCUUCAAGAGCGGGGGCGUGGUGUCCGCGUCGGGGUCCUUUAGCGGUUUGAAUCCGGGCGACCAGAUCUUCUCGCUGGGCGGCCGCGACGAUUUUCCGCGGAUGUCCACCAGCGAGCGCAACGCGUUCGUCGCGGGCGUGAUGGCUAAGAAGCAAAACAGUUUCGUCAUGUACGUGGUAAAGACGGAUGAAAAGCCGGCGCAUAAGAACGAAUUUGCGAAACCCAUGCCGAUGCCGCAGAGGGAUCGCUCGUCGACCGAGGGUCUCUCCGCCCCGCAGCGCCCGGCCGGAAUAAAGAUGCCGCGUGCCGAGGGGGAGGCGCAACCGCUGGCGAAGAUGAAGGCGGAGGGCGACGCGAAUUACGUGCGCAACGUUGACGGCCACUGGAAGGCGCCGUCUGUGGUGGUGAUGGAGGGAGGAUUGCUCAAGGAGGCUGACGAAGGUGACGCGGAGAUGGUGAAGAAGCUGGAGGCGUUUCGCGAGCGCCAGGACCAGGCGCUGCGCGGCAAGAAGCCGCACGGCGCGGUCGAUCCGCGCACCAUGGACCUCCGCGAGCGGCCGGCGGACGAAGACGAGAUUUUCAGUCUGAUUGACGGCAAAAACCCGUUUGCGAAUAUGAUUCCCGAGGGUGUGGUAAAGUCCACUUCGUACAAGUUCAUGGGGGGCGGCGGGCGCGGGUCCGUGGAUCACGAUGACCAAGUGUCGAAGAACCUGUUCAAUGUGACUUUGAAGAAAACUCCGCAACGCGAAACUCCGGCCACGCCGGAAUCUUCGCCCAUGUACAGUUCACCCUUCGGGCCCGGGGCCGACCAUUUGCACAAGAAGUUUUUCGGCGAGGACCGAGGCGAGUUAGACGACUCGGCGCCAGAGCCGGAUUCGCCGCCUCGCGCGAGCACGCGUGCGAGCCAGCGCGCGAGCCAGGGCCCGACCCAGCAACGCGCGAGUCAGCUGGGUCGUCCAUCCCAGCGCGCGAGUCAGCGCGCCAGCCAGCGGGGCGCGGGAGGUGACGCAGGCGACGUCGACCUGGGUGCGCCGGCAGAUUCGGAUGAGCCAGUGGGUCAAGACGACGUUCUUGCGCCUGCGGACUCGGAUGAGCCGGCGGCGGCCGGGGAUGUGGACCCGGAUGAGGAGGUGAUCCUCGGCGACCCGGGAAGCAGGGCAGACGUGCUCCUGAAUUCCGAGCGCCGAAGUAAGUUUUCUAGUGUGAAGCAGCCGUCUAUCCCGUUGGACGACCGGCCUCCGUCGAAGAAGUCCGGGGCCAGCAACGCCUCUGGCAAGAAAUCCGGAACCAUGAUGGAUCAGGAACUCUUUCCGGACAUGGGUAUGGACGGCAUUCAGGAAACGGAGAUCGUUGGCGCCGAGGGACACGACCCCUCCCGGGUCACCUCGGCUUCCCGGGCCACGCAAAUAAAGCGCACCACGCAGACCGGGAACGUUGUCACCGACGAGGAGGAGGAGGAUGAGGAGGACGAAGAUGAGGAGGGCCAGCCCCGUUUCGGCGACCAAGGGACCGCGCCCGAAGAGAUUGGGGCGGACAGGAGAAGCAAGAAGAGUAGCAUGCGCAUGGACGCUGCAACCGCAGCGGCAGUGCAAGCUGCACAAGAAAUGGCGGACAAGUCGCCCACGAAGAAGAAGGCUGCAAAGGUAUUCAUUACAUCAAUGUCCAGACCUGCUUCAAAAAGUAAGGCACGGCUUGCGCUGCUAGCCAAUUAUUUGGUCUCUUGUAACAUGGUUCCUAGCGAAACUCCAUACAACAUCCAUGCUUCUUUUUUACUUUAAAAAUCUUGGAUUCGUGUUGACCAAUUAGACUCACGCUUAUCGGGAUACAAAAAUUUACACAGGUUAUGGAGCACCUUGGUUUGUCGCCGAUCUCUCCAUCGGGCGGUGCGCUGGGAACGGGUUUCUACCGGACGGCGACUCCGGACGAGCGCGAGGAGUUCCGGCAGAAUCGGCAGAGCGUGCGGGACCGCAUUGCGGGGCGCAACGUUGCGAACGAAACGCCCGCCGACAUUUUGCUGGACGAGGUCGACUUCCUCGGCGUCGACCGCGAGGAAAUGGAGAGGGAGCACCGGGACGUGCUGAAGGAGUUCGAGGAGAUGGCCAUGGAGCGGAUGCAGGAGGGCGCGCCCGAAGACCGCGUGGAGGAGUACCGCGCCAGCGAGGCCUUGUACAUGAUGGUCAUCGAGCAAGCGCACAUGGCGAAGGAGGUCGACCAGAUGCUGACCAUGCUGAAGGAAGGGCUGCAGACCGAAGAACUGACGCUGGAAGAGGCGUAUUCCGUCGUGGAGCAGUCUCUGGCGCUGGUCGCGACGCGGCAGUUUGUGCGCCGACACGGGAAGCUGCUGCAGGAAGUGCACAAGCUGCGGAUGGAGUAUCAGGGGAAGCCGAACAUCGGCGAGGGCCACAUGUUUCCGACGCCGGGGUCGCACAACCGGGCCUGGUACCGUUACGCGUCCCUGGCCAUGAUCCGCCUGAUCGAAGCGAUUCGCCUGGAGUACAAGCUGCAGUCCCACCAGACCAUUCUGGAGAAACACAUGUCGCACCUGAAGUUCGUGAUCGAGGUCGAGCUCGCAGGCGGGGAAGAUCCCGAAAACGAGCUGAUCGGCGAGGACAUUGCCGAGGCGCGGGCGGCCGUGUGGCGGCUGAUCGAUGCCUUGCGCAAGGGGCGCGCGGACGAGACGGACAACAAACUGAAGAACAACUCGCUGCAGUUGGAGCAGAAGCUGUUGGGGUUGGACGCCAUCCUGCGGGAAAAGGACCCGGCCACGUCGCAGCAAAUCUUGCUUUCUCUCUUUAUCGACAUCGAAAGCACGAUGCGGUUUGGCUGUGUCCAGUACGAGAACGAGGUGUUGAAGGUCCCCGGCACGACAUCACGCAUGAGUGUGUUGUCGCAGAUCGAAGCCCGCGACGCGUUGACGAAGGAACGACAGGCCGUCAUGAAGACCGAGAUGGGGGAGCCUACCUCACUGCCCCUGGGUACACAAAUUCGACGAGCAGCCAACAUGCCUCCGCGUUACAUCGCACCAGUCAAGACGGAACUGAGUACUUUCUUUUUGUUUUUUUUUUGGGCGUUGUUUCUUAGUAGGUACACAUAGCAUAGGACCACCUCCGAACAAACACAGAGCGACGAAGAUAUGUAGUGAGAUCAUUGGCGCCAACUAUCUAUCGCAAUUUCAUUUCUAAAUCAGCUUUCGACCCUUCCCGUGACGGCACUGCGGAUGGGACUUUGAUGUCGCAAGGCCAGUUGGCCGCGUAUACGGAGCAGUACCUGAAGGAAGAACUGGACGAGAGCGGGAAAAUGAAGGCGGAGCAGUGGGGCAGGUACCAGGAUGCCUACGAGCAGCGCAUGAUGGAGGCGAGCGACCAUCUCAGCCUCGACGAGGUGGAGCGGCUGAAGCAGCCGUGUCUGCCCGCGGGCAUCGACCUGGUGCAGCUGCUCGCUGCCGCUUCCCGGUACGAGAUGGGAUUGCUGGAGCAGCGCCCGGUGAGCGAAAAGACGCGCAACCAUGAGGGGUUCAAGGCCGAGAUGCUGGCGCUGAAGCGCGACGUCGUGAUCUCGCUGACCACGCGCAAGCCCACGGUGCCCGAGAAGCUUGACCGCGACAAGCUGGCGCGGCGGUUCGAGGACAUUGCGUUCACCUGGGCGCUGGGGGCGGACGCGCACGACCGCCUGGCGGCCACCGGGUUUCCCGCGGAGGGCAAAGAGUUUGGCGGGGACGAGGAGGAGUAUGACUUGCACCGGUUUGACCCGCUGGGCGUGUACACGGCGACCGCGGAGGUGGACAGCUUGCCGUUGUGGGAGCAGCCGACGGUGCGCAAGCAGCAGCGCACCGUGGAACAGCUGAUGCAGAUCUACCAGACGCUGGACCCGCACAUUCGCCACACCUUCCCGCUGCGGCGGGAGCUGAAGAAGCUGAUGCUAGCGGACGCGUACGAGGACGACGACACGGACGUGUCUCCGCCGAUGAAGUUUAUCAUCAACAACCAGCCAGCCGGCCUGCCGCGGUUCAUGUGGUACGCAAGCGACAAGUGCGGGCCGAACCCGAACGAGCGCCCGCCGUGGGAUACACGGGUGAAAAUGUGGCUAGACGACGAGGGCCACAAGGUGUUCGCCCACGACGAGCCGCCGAAGUCGCCCAUGCGCAAGAGUCAGGCGUCGACAUUCACCGGCGCCGUCUCGGAAGUGCAGGACGGAGCCGGAGGUUCAGACGACGAGGAAGACGCUGAUGGCGAGGAGAACGAAGGUGGUGCCCCAGCCUCCGAGAGGGAGCCGACGGCAAAGCGUUCCAGCGUGAAGCGCGACAGCACAGCCUCUGCCAAAAUCAGCGAAACGGCUGCCGCGAGGGCUUCGGAGACACGGGCGAGUGCGAGGGAGCCGUCUGUUCCGCGUGAGCCGACCGUGGCAGAGAAGAUGCCGUCCGAAAAACAACCGACCGUGGUUGACACACCGGCCGAGGAAGUCAAGGAAGACGAUGGCGCAGCUUCGCUCACCGGCAGCGAAAAGUCGGGUCCACCGGGCGGCGCCGGCGACUCGAACACCAAGAGACCGUCCGCAGUGAAGCGCUUGCCGCAAGUCACAAACAGUGGCGGGUACCUGCCGAAAGGCAACUGGAAGAAGGACGCCACCAGCUGGAUGAACCGGCGGCGCGCCAGCUCGGACGAGAACGCUAUCGUGAAGCCCGCGGGCCCAGUUAAAACUCACGCCGGACAUCAUUUCCGCCAGAGCGAGGCGCAUCUUAUGCAGCAAGCCUCCGCACCAGCUCCGGGCCAGGCGGGUCGGGCCUCGGCAAUGCAGGGUCCUCGGGGACCCUCGGCAGUGCAGCAGGACGGUCGGGGACCGUCGGCCAUGCAACAGGACGGACAAAGACCCUCGGCAAUGCAGGGUCGGCCCUCCGCAAUGCAGGGUCGGGGCCCUUCUGCAAUGCAGGACGCCGGUCGGGCACCCUCCGCGAAAAAGUCCGUGACCAUCAACGAAGACCCCAUGGCAGGCGCGUCGUCCCCGGAAGACGGCAUGCCGCACAUUCCUGUUCCAAGUGAGGUGCCUUCCGCCUCCGGGGUUGCCGCAAGUGCUCUGGACAAUGAGGCCUUCGCGAACCAGUUUGGCGAUGUAACGCCGUUGCCGCAGCAGGAACUUCCUCCAGAAGACACGAAUGCGCCAAACUUGGACGACCAGAAGAGGCCGUCGGGCGACGUGGAGAUCGUUGUGGAUGGCGGUGAGCAAGCCGAAGGCCUUCCGGCAGACGGCGCAGCGCCAACUACCGGAGAUGGACAGUCCACUGCACAAGAAAGUGGGGCUGCCAGUGGUUCACCCUAUCCCCCAGGGCACGACGAGCGCUCGUUCGCAAAAAAGAAUCAGGUGCGGGUCCACAAGCAGCACCGCAUUUCCCACAACCUCCACGAGCAUCCGGAUCCCGGUUCUCCGCGCGGGGGCCUGCCGGUACACCACAUUUCGCGCAAAAAGCACGGCGACCCGAAGGGCAUCGUGGGCAAGAAGGCCGCAACUGGAGACCGAAACUCGGCAGCCGAUCGGGCAGCAGCGGGGGAGUCGGAACGAACCUCGGCACCUCCGAAGCCGCAGGACCCGCUCGAGCAACAGAUGGAGUCCACCUUCGGGGCGGGUAUGAACCUGGAGGGCGGCGCCGCCCGCAACAUCGUGCUCAUGUUCGGUCCGCGCACGAGUGGGAAAAAGAUCGUGGCCGAGAAGAGCCGGCAGCGGUACGGCAUCCCCACCAUCAAAUUCGCGGACGUGAUGCAGGAGAGCAACCUGGACCCGGACACGGCGGGCGACGAGGUGAUUCUCGAAGCCAUGGCGACGCGGUUGAAGCAGGGCGACUGCAACAACGGUGUGAUUCUGGAUGGCUACCCAGCCAGCGUCGAGCAGGCGAAGCGCUUGGACGAGGCGCUCGGAGACUACGGCGAGUCGAUCACGCGCGUGUGGGACCUGGAGGUGAGCCAGGAGUCGUUCGAGAAGCGGUUGUGCGGGCGGUGGUUCCACCCCGCGUCGGGCCGCACCUACCACGCGGUCUACAAGCCGCCGAAAUCCUUUAAGGGCACCACGGUGUACGAAGCCACGCCAGAGAACAUGUUGGACGACAAAACGGGCGAACCGCUGAUCCAGCGCGAGAAGGACAAGCUGCACACGAUCCAGUCGGAACUGGACAAGUACCGCCAGGCGAUGGCCCCGGUCGUCGAGUACUACGGCCAGCAACUCGAGUACAAGGGUAAGCAGCAGGUGCGAAAGGUCGACGCCAAGCUCAUACAGAAAGCGCGAAUGAAAGCCAAGGUAGAUGCUGUCACCGCGGUGAUGUCUCUGCAGCCAACGCAGAGGUCGGAUCUUUCCUAA